CUCCAGUUCCAAAUACUUGCCGCGAUGGCGAUUUUCUGAAAACCCCCUUCAUAGUUGUCCGACAUAACCCGCACUCCUCGAUUCCCCUCCGACACCACACUUUGCUCCACCUCCAUUUUCUCUCUGCCUGCUCGCCGGCCAGGCCACGCCGCUGCGCCGCGCAGCUCCACGCCGCCGCGCCAUGCAGCUCCCCAGAGCCUCCUCCCGCUGCUCUCUCCGGGCUCUCCCAUUCUUUCCUCGGGACCUAAAAAUUCCUUCUUUCCAUCUCGAUCUGGAGGGCAUGGGGACGAGGGUGGCGACGAGCGCGCCUGUUGCCGCGGUGAGCUCUGUACUCUUCGAUAGAUCCCUUCCCCAGACCCCGCUCCCUAUGAUAGCUCAUUACCGGGGCUCCCCCCCAUGGACGAGGAGGAGGACGACGAGUGCUGCCCGGUGGAGUUCUUCCGGCUGCUUCCUGGAGCGGUCCAGGGCGAUGGGUAGCUCUCCUACUGCUGGUGCGGCAGUUUUACCCGACGGACUUCUUCCGGCCGUCCUGGGCUGCGUCAGCUGGUGGUGGCAGGGCUUCAUCGAGCGGAGCUGCAAGUACAGAGAGCAGGGAUUCGGUUCGACGGAGGAUGAGGAAGUCGAAGAGCAAGGGCACCAAGUUCUCCGCUGUUAAGAUGAUCAACAAGAAGACCACCAAGAAGUAAUUCCGUCCGUUCAUCUUUGUGAUUUCCCGUGUGGUUUUUGUAUGGUCGAGGCCCUGAGAUUCGCAUCGGCAGCAGUACAAGGACGAGUUGCUGGACGCCCAGAAGAAGGACACCGAGAACGAGAAGCUCAAGCGAAAUGUGCGAGUGCCACAGCUGCUCGCUCUUGGAAUUUGGGCAACCUUUUUUGGGGGUGCUCGUCUUGGUUCUAAAGGGUGUGUGCUUUGUGACGCCCCCGAUUCGACCGUACAAUAAUCAUACAUGCAAAUGUGUACGAUUGUAACACCCCGCAUGUAACUUGCCAUAUUUGUAACUCCGACUCUUG